AUGAAUGUCACCGGAAAUGAAGUUGGCAAACUCGAAAUUGGGCACCUCGGUGAUCUUAAAAGAUACUACGACUUAAAUCAUGCUAUCCACCAAACUCCCACAGCAAACAUUUGGGCCUUAACAACGGAAAAUGCCAUCCAUAGACAGGGUGACCCCCCUGGCCCCCCAGGCCCCCCAGACAACUACCCAGACAAGCCCCCGCCGUGGCUGCAUCCUAACUACUGGGGUACCACUACUACCCGCGCUACAACCACAACCACCACGACAGCCGUCCCGCCCUCCGUGGAAGAAGAACCCCCCAGCCUGUUGCUACCCUUCCAGAAAGCCAUGGACCUGUACCGUAUGGGCUACUUCUCGGUCUUCGUCAGCCUGGGCUCCCACAUCGUCUCCGAGAAGUCCUUCAAUGACGUGAGGCUGCUCAGCAUGUCUUUAGAAAGGGAGUUUCAUAGGCUACAUGAUGAUGACAAGCACAUUCUUGGCUUCGGAGAGCCGUUCCUUGGCGCUUUUGAACAUUUCGUUAAACAAAUGGGACAGUUGCCUGCCGAUUACAUCAAAAGUCAAGCCCAAAUCUUGCAACACAGCAUACACUUCAGAAGGGAAUACUUUGCGGACCAACUAAAUUCCCUAAUGGACUACAUAGAUAGUCUUUACAAUGAAGAUGAAGGAGUAGCUCUAGUCCAAUCUCUAGACGCUCUGAAUUUAUUCCCUAAAAACACUUGGAACUCUUACGAAAUCCUCAGGAACAUUUCUGACUCUCUGUUCGCACCUUACAAAAGAUUAGCUGGUACAGUCAAAAGGGAACUUCUCGUAGAAUCUCUGAAUGAUUUUUUAGAAAAGGUCGGCUACACCUUACUUGGAGAGAAAAAUAUUUUCGGUGUUUUGAAUAUAACGGAUGCUAGAAGAAAGUAUAGUAAUAAAACAAGGUUCGCUGUGGUGGGAAGAGAGACAAGUAGUAAAACGAAACAUGCGAUCACUCGGAACACACCUAGAAGUAGUGUCACAAAUACUAAGAGAGAAACCUAUGAUGCGGAGAAUAAACUUAGAGAAAUAAAUAUGAAAAUUAAAAAUGCAGCUGUUAAAAUUAGAAAAGUAACAAGAAAGGAACCAACAGCAGUAACAGGUUCACAACCUACAUAUCACACAACUCAGCAAAAGUCACGUGUAAGAAUGGGCUUCAAAGAAAAACAUCCAAAAAUAUACGACAAGUACCUGCAACUGAAGAAGAAAGCGCAUAAGAAGCAUCGGAAAAAGGAGAAGUUUAGAGAGUUCAAGAAAAGAUAUUUUGGGAACAUGUUCCCAAAGCAACAGCCUAAGUCUGGACCACAGCCCGACCAAAUAAGGCAAAGGCCUGAGGAAACCCCGCAACCAAACACAGAUCCACCAACUCAGAUUCCAGAUAAAAAUUCAAACCCAGUCAUAACAGAACCUCAACAAAAUGAACACGUCAGACAAGGCCCAGACCCUGCUGAGGAUGAUGAUAAUGUGCCUGUGGUUGAUAAACCCAUGGUGGAAAUACAAGCACCACAGGAAGACACAGUGCCUCCAGGAUUACAAAAUCUAAUCCUUGGCGUUCCAGCCCGAACUGCGUAUAUCCCAACAACUACAGAAGCUCUGACAAGAAGGACAUUCGAACCUGGAAGAGGACCUAUGAAGGAGAAUAUACCAGUUUAUUUCGAUGGGCCUAAUAUUGGACGGCUCAGUCCAUACCUGAAGCAGUUGAUAGCGGACAUGAAAGGCCUGAAGAUGGGUUUCUUCUCGAUGUUCCUGAUCAACCUGUUCGAGGUGGUGAACAGGAUGGAUGACGAAGACCUGACCGCCUUGAAGUGGGAGGCGCAGAACGAGGCGGUGAGAUUAUUUGAGGUGGAGCACCUUCUGAUAACCUUCGGCGAGCCUUUCGUAUCAAGCAUGGAGAGUUUAGCCAAUCAUUUGUCUAUUUUUGCCAAAGACGUCAUAAAAAGUGCGGCCAGUAUGCUCCACUAUACCAUGGUGAACCGACGCGAGGGUGUGACGCAGGACAUCAACUCCGUCAUCGACUACAUCGAUUCCUUGUAUGAGGACCACGAGGGUGUGGAGCUGCUCAGAGCUGUGGAGGCCGUCAAAGACUUUAAACUUAAGUCGGGACUUAGUGCCACAGAAGUUCACAGAAAAGUAUCUAAAGCGCUCUACGAACCAGUCCGAAGGCUUGCCGGCACAGCUAAGAAGCAGAUCCUCAUUGACUCAUUGAAUAGAGUCAUAGAGAACCAUAAUGUGAUGCCUCCAGAAGGUGUACAGAGGAGGCAAAGAGGCAAUAUUAGUAGCGAUUAUAAAUUCCAUUACAAUUUCUUUAAGACUGCUAAAACAAUUGGUACUACUUAUGAAAUAAACAGAAAUUACAAGAUCACUAAUAACAAAAGAAAUACUAAACACAUUAUUCUUCGUGGACCUACUACAAAAGUUUUUACGAGACCGAAACUUAAAGCCAGUACAGCGUUUACAAAGAAUUUGAAAGCUGCAAUCAAUGUAUCAAAUAAAAAUAAUCAGUCAAGAACAAUGCAACAUACUAAAAAAGAAACGAGAAAACCUAAAUAUAAAACGAUAAUCUUAUAUAAACCAAAAGAAAAUGUUAAGCCAAAAAUUAAUAAGCCGACGUACUUCAUCCAUUUGACAAAGACUACAGUAAACAAUACAUAUACAGCAAAAACUACAAAGCAGUUGAUGCCUAAUAAUGUGAUACCGAAAAACAAAAUCAUUUUUGCAAGAGUAAGCCCUGGGAAUAAGCUAAACAAACGUAUUGAUAAUCAAAAAUUCAAAGCGAAACCCUAUGAUACAAUCACAAAAAUAGCUCAACGGAACAUUUUAAGAGCUUCUUCAAAUAAUACUAUAGACACUACAGAUGAAGAAGCAGAGAAGGAGGAAAAUAAUUCAGCAGAAUCUCCAGAAAUAGCAUCAACCACAAUUAAGCCUAUAAAAGAAACAUACGAAUCUUCGAUACAGCCGAAACAUAAAAAGGGUAAUCAUAAGCAUUCAAAGCCCCCUCACUUGAGCAAAAAAGAAAUAAGACAUUUAAGACAUAAGCAUCCAAAGAUAUACAAAAAAUACUUAAGACAUAUCAAACAAAGCAGGCACAAGAGUAAACAUAAGAGCAAAUCACACAAACAACACAGAAAGAAAAGCAGACAGAAGAAGAAAACAAAGAAAUUAAAGUUCAAAGAUAUAGAACGACACUAUGAACACUUACUAAAGCAUUACAUAUUGAGAAAAACACAAAUAAAAACUAAAAUAAAUGACUCUGGAGAACUAUCAGAAGAGUGUCUCACUCUUAAUUUGAACAACGAAUACAACGAUACAAAAGAAUUGCACCUGGAAGACACAUUUAACAAUAUUGAGAAAGAAGUACCCACUAAUAAUAAAGCCAAUGAAAAAGUAAAAGAGAAUCAUAAAAAUUACACAGCGCCUCCCAACAAAGCUUUUGAAAACGUGCAAACCACAGAAAAUUGGAAACAGAACAGACAGAUCAAUUAG